CAGCCUAUUGCACGGGGGUGGAUGGGGCUGUUUCUGCGUCCCAUGUCCACCUGCACUUGGUUAGAAAACAGCGUCUUCACAUGCCACACCACAAGAUCUCUAGAGUGACAUAACUCUAUUCAGAGACUGGCGUGACUGGGCUGGGUCUCCCCCCCCCCCCCCCCUUCAGCUCUUGUAUCACCAAAAAUCUGGCAGCCAGUUUCGUCCUGACAGAGUUUACAGCAUAUAUUGGUGGAGUCUUGUCCACAGAACAUCUGCUUUAAGAAUUAACGAGAACUGUGUCAAGACAGCAAGGAGGCUCAGUGUUCUAAAAUGGAGGGAAAGGAUCACCACCCAGAAACUUCCUGCAGAAAGGCAUUUAGUUGCUGAAGAACUUCAGAGGCUGACUGUAGCAGUUCAGUCUGACUCCCAGAAGGGGGCGCAUUUGGAUGAAGUCUUAAUCUGAAACAUGCUCCACACUACACUUUACAACUCCAAACUUUUAUCCUCACAUCACUAUGAAGAUUCUGAGAUACUUGCCAAAAAUGCAGCCAGGUGUGUUUGCUCUCCUGCUGGCAUUCAUCAGUGGUGCCAGUGGCCAGUACUAUGACUACGAUUCUCCUCUGGCCAUUUAUGGUUACUCAUCCCCCAACUGCGCACCAGAAUGUAACUGCCCUCAAAGCUAUCCGACCGCUAUGUACUGUGACGAGCUGAAACUCAAAAGCUUGCCCAUGAUACCUGCUGGGAUCAAGUACCUUUACCUUCGCAACAACCAGAUUGACCAUAUUGACGAGAAGGCCUUUGAAAACGUCACCGAUCUGCAGUGGCUCAUCCUAGACUACAAUCUCCUGGAGAACUCCAAGAUCAAAGGGAGAGUCUUUUCGAAACUCAAGCAGCUGAAGAAACUACACAUAAACCACAACAAUCUGACAGAGUCAGUGGGGCCCCUCCCCAAGUCUCUGCAGGACCUGCAGUUGACACAUAACAAGAUCAGGAAGCUGGGCUCCUUUGAUGGGCUGGUCAACUUGACCUUCGUCAAUCUUCAACACAACCAGCUCAAAGAGGAGGAUGUUUCCUCGGCGUUUAAAGGUCUGAAGUCACUGGAGUACUUAGACUUGAGCUUCAACCAAAUAAGCAAGCUUCCUUCUGGCCUCCCAGCCUCUCUUCUCACUCUCUAUUUAGACAACAAUAAGAUCAGCAGCAUCCCAGAAGAGUAUUUCAAGCGUUUCAAUGGACUGCAGUACCUUCGCUUAUCUCACAACGAGCUGGCAGAUGGUGGAAUACAAGGGAAUUCUUUCAAUAUAUCAUCUCUGCUGGAGCUGGAUCUCUCCUACAAUAAGCUGAAGAGUGUACCCACGGUCAAUGAAAACCUUGAAAACUAUUAUCUGGAGGUCAAUGAGAUUGAAAAGUUUGAUGUAAGGAGCUUCUGUAAGAUCCUAGGCCCAUUAUCCUACUCCAAGAUCAAGCAUUUGCGCUUGGACGGCAACCGCCUGACUCAAAGCAGCGUGCCAGCUGACAUGUACGACUGUCUACGUAUGGCCAUUGAAAUUGCCAUUAACUGAGAUCCACAAAUUUGGUCCGCAGAGAGGUGUGUCUGGGAGCAACACUUUGUGGUUAUGGUUUUUGAUGUAAGAGUUCUCAAUAGUAUUCAUUUCUCCUUGGUGCUUAUUACUUCCAUGAAUUUUAACUUUGGAGGGAAAAUGUUUUGUAAACAUUUCACGAAAAAGAAAUAAUAAUAAAAGAUGAAAAGCAGGCCUAUUUCAUCACAAGUGCACACACACACACACACACACACACACACAGCAAACAUCAUGCAUCAUUUAUAAGUUUCAGCUUUUCUACCAUCUCCUCCUAUUAAGUGAUGUGUAAAGCUUUUUUGUAGGCACCAUGGAAAUCAACGGAGUUUUAAAUUUCUAAACCCCAACUUAAAAUGUUAGAAAGAAAACAAACAAAAAAUGCUAGGAGACCUUCUGUCUUCAACCAGAUUGGACAGCUGAAAAGUUUGUGGCAAAUUUUGAAAAUGAUGAUUUUUUGAAUGACAAAGACAACAGGUAUGAAGCCAUAUGUCUUCAAAGCAGUUGUUUGGUAUUAAGAGUUUACAUAGGGGACCCAGUAAAACGUUCCUUUGCUAGAAUAAUUUCCACUCUAAGUCAUAUGUAUGUUUCUUUUUGAUUAUUUGCAUGUUAGGAUUAACAAGCUAAUAGCAAAAUAAAAACAGCAAAUGGCAAACAA